AUGUCUGCCGAAACCGUUAUCCUCGGCGCGGGUAUCAUCGGCGUCUCCACCGCCUACUAUCUCUCACAGCAUCAGGACCCAUCAAGCAUCCACCUUGUUGACCCGUCGCCGGAGCUCUUCUCAUCCGCCUCGGGAUACGCAGGCGGUUUCCUGGCCAAGGACUGGUUCGGCCCCGCCCUAGCCCCCCUCGGCGCUCUGAGCUUCGAAGAACAUCGCCGCCUCGCCGAAGAGCACGGAGGGAGAGAGAAAUGGGGCUACUCGCCCGCGACAUGCUUCAGCUAUGCGGCGUCAGCGGCCGCGCGCGAGUCGGCGAAGCGGGGCGACGACUGGCUGCGCGACGGGACUAGCCGCGCCGACGCGGCUCCCUUGGCGUUCGACGACGCCGGCUCCGGCAAGACGCCCACCUGGCUCCGGCGCGUCGACGGCGACCACCUCGAGCUUAUCAGCGACGAGGGCACCACCGCCCAGGUCGACCCGCUCCGGCUCUGCCAGUUCCUGCUGCGGGAAUGCCUCGCGCGCGGCGUCAAGCUGUACCACCCUGCCAAGCCGGCAUCGGUGGUCACCCAUGACUUUGGUAAUGGCGAUGAGUUGAUUGGUGUCAACAUCGAUCGGCUGGAAGCCGGCGAGCCCCUGACCGAGAGCUUGCUGCUGCCUUGCACAAGACUCAUCAUCACGGCCGGGUCCUGGACUGGGCAGGUGUUCCGGACGCUGUUCCCCUGGUCACGGCUGGAGAUACCGAUCCGCAGCCUGGCGGGCCACUCGCUGGUUCUCAAAUCGCCCCGGUGGCAUGCCGGGCUAGAGGGCAACGGGUGCCAUGCCAUCUUCACGACGCACGACGGCGGGUUUUGCCCAGAGAUGUUCUCCCGCAUCGGCGGCCACAUCUACUUUGCCGGGUUGAACUCGUCCAGCCUUCCGCUGCCGGAUGCGGAGAAGGGGAAGGCGACGCCGUACGACGAGAGUCUCGCCCAGCUCAGGGAGGCGGCGCGGCAGACUCUUGGCCCGGCCGGCGGUGGUGGUGGUGUCGCUGCUGCGGACGACGACAACGACUUGGAGAUUGUCCGCGAGGGCUUGUGCUUCCGGCCCGUGACCGACUGGGGCAAGCCCAUUAUCGCCAGAAUACCGGACGAGGAGAUCGGGGCCGGCAUCGUGACCAGGGCCGGGGCCAACGGCGGGGUGUUUGUUGCGGCUGGCCACGGGCCGUGGGGGAUUGCCAUGAGUCUUGGCACUGGUAUCGUGCUGGCCGAGAUGGUGCAGGGCCGGAAGACCAGCGCUAAUGUCAGUGGCCUUGCAUUUUUCGGUUGA